CCCUGGGGUUUUACUUUCUGUCACUGGGGAGAAGAGGAGGACGAGAGAAAGCAGAGAGAGAAGGAGAGAGAAAGCAGAGAGAGAGGAAGAGAGAGAGCUAAGGCCAGGGGCUUUGCUGACUGCCAUUGUCGCUGUCUGUCAGGAGAAGCACUGGGGAGAAAGUGAGAGAGAGGGAAGAGAGAGGAAAAGUUCCUGCUGAGUUAAAGUAGUCCACAGGACCGUGCGUACAGUAUUCAACAGCUUCCCUAGGCUAUCGGUCGGCCAUCGCAAGGGAGAGAGAGAGUUACACCAAAGGAUUUUUUAUUUAUAGCCCCUCCAACGGCGACAGCCAGUAACAACUUUUCUGAGGGGUGUGUGUGGUUGGUUAGUGGAGAUAAAGGACUAGUUAGUGAUUUUGUUUGGCCAUGCAACAGGCCUGGGAUAAGGCUCUCUUUGAGGCUCACAUCGAAGGUGUCAAGAACGGCGAAACUGGUGAAAUGUCGGGGAAAAGCCAAGGAGGAUAUAUGGGAGCCAAGACGUCCAACGAACACUUCCAGAGCACCAGCGUGUCCGACGGCAAUGAUAACAAGCCCCAGCCAGUGGGUGGUGGCCCGGGCCAGCUGAGUGGUGGGGGUGGGACCCACCAGAACACACAGCUCCUCUUGACACCCGCCAGCAUCCAGCUAGCCCAGCUCCAGGCCCAGCUCACCUUCCACCGCCUUAAACUGGCCCAGAGUGCUGUGGGGGGCAACGCAAACUCUGCAAACGUAGCCAGCAUCCUCAAUCAGGUCCUCGCCAAUGUGGCCAUGUCCCAGCCCCUCUUCAACCAGCUCCGUGCCUCGGCCAUGGUCAGUAAUCCCGUAGCAGUUGGUGGUGGUUUCCACUCCAGUGCCCUAGCCUUCCAACUGCCUCCACCACCGCCGCCACCGCCUCCACCGCCGCCACCCCCCAACUCUGCCCUGGGGACUUUGGUAGGGGCCGGAUUCAACCAGAAUCAUGGUAAUCUGAGGCUGAACCAUUACGGAGGUGGGGGUGUUUCUGGGAACCAACAGCAGCAGCAACAGGCCAACCAGCAUGGUGACUACGGCAAGAAAGCUUCAGAUACGGAUAGGCGUCUCCAGUAUGGCUUCAUAGGGGGGACGUCGGUGGCGUUGAGUGAAGCCGGAGAGGGACAAGGACAGUACGUGCCGAUCAUGACUCAGGCAAAGAGUACAAACCAAGGCUUUCAGAUUGACUUCUAUGGUCAGAGUCAACAACAACAGGCUGGGUUCGGUGUUGGGAAUCAAUACGGUCAGAACAAGAACGCUUUUAAUGAGCAGCAGUGGAAAAGCCCAGCUAACAUGAGCCACGCGGGAAAAGGGUUGGACAUGGUUUCCAAUACUGCCACAGCAUGGAUGGGGACUGGGCAGCCAUUCUGUGCCAGAGAGGAACUGUACAAUCCAGAGGAGCCAACCUCUGACCCCAAGUUAAAUUCCGGCGGUGGGGGAGUUACUUCCUCGUUCGGAGCAGGCAUGGGUGGCACCAAGGGGUUUGUGGGAUACCACAAGCAACCCCUGCAGGGGGGAGAGGAGACCCUGUCUACAGGUGGUUCCGUACAACUCCAACCUCACCAGCUGAAUGACUUCCACGCCGUGACGCCAUCCCACCUGCCCCACCAGUGCACCAUCUGUGAGAAGAAGGUCUAUAACCUCAAGGACUGGGACCAGCACGUGAAAGGUAAACUACACCUGCAGAACCGCUUGCUGUACUCUGAAGGUGCUACAAUCCCAGCCAGAGCCGUCCACUACGGUCCCGCCGGGUCGUCUGAAGGAUGCCUAAACAACGUCGGAGUGAAUAACUCCAUGGCUUACUCUUCCACCGCCAAUCAAGAUGUAUCAUCCGGAGCUAACCUACCAGCUGGAGCCAUGAGGACCUAUCCCAUGUCAGGGGCUGGAUUUACCCAACUCCCACCUGGGUCAAAGCCAUUUCCACCCAGGAAAUCAAUCACAGGACGGGUCGUCCACAUCUGCAACCUCCCCGAGGGCAGCUGCACAGAGAAUGAUGUCAUCAACCUGGGACUGCCUUUCGGGAAAGUCACCAACUACAUCCUCAUGCGCUCUACCCACCAGGCGUUUGUGGAGAUGGCGUACAUCGAGGCGGCCCAGGCUAUGGUUCAAUACUACCAGCUGACUCCAGCCACGAUCAACGAUCAGCAACUACUGAUCAGGAUGUCCAAGAGAUACAAGGAGCUUCAGCUCAAGAAACCAGGUAAAGACGUUGAUUCAAUCAUCCAGGAUAUCAACUCUCUGAGGGAAAGGGACGAGAUGCAGGAGACUGAUCACUACAUGCCAGAGAGAGCGCGGUCCCGUAGUCCCAUCAGCCGCUCUUUGAGCCCUCGCUCCCACAGCCCCAGCUUUACCUCCUGUUGUUCAGCCCACAGCCGGCAGGGGACACCCUGCCGAGGAGGCCCGGAACAGGGCUCCUGGACCGCCAAACACAUGAGAAGGGGGGAUGAGGACAGAGAACGAGAGAGGGAAAGGGAGGAGGUGCCAUGGAGGAACGGAGGGACAGUGGAUGACGACAGGCUGAACGGGAGGAUGCAGGAUCGACGGAACAAGCCGUACCUGAAACCCUCCGACCGAGACCGGAUCAGUCCCAGAUCAGCGGACGAAAGAGGAGGAGGAAGAGGGGAGGGGAUGAGGGGGGGGAACAGGGGGGGAGACUGGUACCCCCACCCGCGGGGUAGCCCUCAGGGGAUGCCCCCCUUCCCUUCGUACAGGAACAUGGAUGAGGACUCCUACAAAACACAACACGUGUAUAAGUCAGAGAAGCCCCUGAGGCCACAGUACCAGAGACAUGAGGAGGGGAGAGUCAAGUCAAAGAGGAGGGAUGGAGGGGACUACCACAGGUCCAGACACUCAGAGUCAGAGCUGGGAGAGGAGUCUCUACCCACCAGGACAGGAGAAGACAGAAGACAGAGAGGAGUGUCCCCGACAUGGGGAAGGAGCAAGAAACCAACCAUGAGACACGGGACGGAGAAACCGGAAAUAGAGAUUACUGAAAAUAACGGAGAAACCGCUGAGGAUCAGCAAUCCAAAGAGAAGUCUGUUUCUCCUCAACGAAGUGGCAAGCAUGAGCGAGAAAAAGACAGCGAGGCGGAGGAGUGGGAGAGUGGGGACGACACGGAGGGUGAGUGCUGGUACCCCAAGAACAUGGAAGAGCUGGUCACAGUGGAUGAGGUAGGAGAGGACGACUCCAUCAUCGAGCCGGAACUCCCUGAGCUGCAGGAGCGCGAGGACGUGUCAGCCUCAGACCUCCACAAGGAUCCUACGGAGGAGGAGGAGGAGGGGGAGGCUCCACGAUCAACCUCCACCCCCAGUCCCAGGCCCUGCUCUGAGAAGGAGUUAGCCCAGAGAGAGGAUACCGAGUUGGGCAGAGGAGGUGGGGUAGGUGGGGUGUUGGAUCCUACACCUACAGAGGAGAAAGAUGGGGAGAUAAGCACAAACCCCAGCCCCACAGACCAGUCACUGCCACUGCCACAGCUACAGUCACUGCCACAGCCACAGCCACUGCCGCAGCCACUGCCGCAGCCACAGCCACAGUCACUGCCACAGCCACAGCCACAGCCACAGCCACUGCCGCAGCCACAGCCACUGCCGCAGCCACAGCCACAGCCACAGCCACAGUCACUGCCACAGCCACAGUCACUGCCACAGCCUCAGCCACCCAUCCCAGCAGCCUCAGAACAGCUCAGUUCAGAUCUGGAUGAUUUCCCCAACCCGGAGUUCAAGGCAGCCCUGGAAGAGACGUGUUUGAACUUGGAAGCUGAAGUACUGAAGAGAGGAGCGCCGACGCAGGAGCUGGCGCUAACCAAUCACGCUGGUGCGUGUGAAAGCAGCAAGACCCAGGAUGUAAUACACAAGAUGGAGGACGUGGGGAGGGAAGUAACGGUCAUGGAGCCAGACAUACAGCAGCACAAGGCUGAGACUCCUAGAGUCAUCCAGAAUUCAACACAUGUCCCACGUCCUAUAAACCUAAUAGACAUAGGGGCUCCCUCACCUUCUAGAGGGCAGGAGAAGAUUAUCAGUGAACACAGCAUCCCUCUGGGGGUGGAGUUCAUCGUGCCCAGUACGGGGUUCUACUGUAAGCUGUGUGGCCUGUUCUACACCAGCGAGGAGACAGCCAAGAUCUCUCACUGUCGCAGUACUGUCCACUACAGGAACCUUCAGAAGUACCUGUCUCAGCUGGCAGAGGAGAGUCUACUUGGUGCACUAACUGACCCCUCAGCUACAGAGUGACCUCUGACCUAUACUCAUCAUUCGGUACUGUCAAGUUGAUAUGGUGGACAGUGUUGCGUGUGUGCUACAGACUGAGUGAUCUGAGCUUGCCAAGGACUACUCAACGAAGGAGAAUAAAUGACAUAUCGGAUGGAAGUCACGGUAAAAUGCACUGGACCCGGAGAGAAGAGCUAUUCUCUGAGAAUUGCUUGGACUAAAACUCAUUGCUAAAAAUCAAAUCAAACCAAAUGUUAUUGGUCACAUGCGCCACAUACAACAGGUGUAGACUUUACCGUGAAAUGCUUACUUACGAGCCCAUUCCCAACCAUGCAGAGUUAAAAAGAAAGAAAAAUCUUUGCUAAAGAAAAUAGUAACACAACAAAAUAACAAUAUCGAGGCUAUAUACAAUAUAGCAAUAUGUUUGAUUUUGUACAUAGUAUAAAAAUACUGUAGUUUAAAAAGGUUCCAGUGUUAAUGUACUACAUUUGUGAAAAUGAAAACCGGUCACCAAAGAUUUGUUUUAAAAAAGAUAUUUAUCUAUCUUUCACCGUUUGAUUUAUUUGCAGUAGAGAAUAAAUGUGUUUGUUUUUCAUCACAGGAAUAAACACAGCCUUCUUUCUAGAAAUGAUUGUAGAAGUCAGAUUCUGUGAUAUAGUGAACUGAAACUCAUCCAUAUUAGUAUUUGUCCUGGUUCUGGUUACAUGUUGUUCUAUGUAGCUGUACUCCAAAUAGUACUACAAUCAUUUGAUUUAACUUUUAAUUUGAGUCUGUAAAGUGUUAGGGAUAUUACAUCAUGUGUUUUUAGAUGCAAAGUGCCUUAGAACAUAUCUGCCAUUGGUAGAUGUAGAAGUAAUCCUCAGGUUGGUUUAAUUUGAAUGUUGAAUUUUGAAUGUAUAUUUCAUUACACAGUGUUUUUGUGUAUAACUGGAGGAUAUGAAGGCCUACACUUGUUAUACCUACUGUGUCUGUUCAUUGAGACAAAAUGGAAUACGGUUCCCGACAGACAUGGACAAAGACAUAUCAGUCUGAAAGAUAUGUAACUUUCAAAAUACAGAAAUCAUCCCUGUAUGAUGCAUUUUGCAUCAAUUUUGAAAGUUACAUAUCUUGAAAACUUAAGUGCUGUAAAUGCUUUAGUCCCAAAAUUCUGACAAGCAGAACAUUUUGGGACGAUAUCAACAAUCGACUAAUGAAACAAAUACCUAAAUAUAUAUUUUUUUUUGUGUGGAAUUUUCCUUUAAAUUGAGAUACAGUUUUGUCAAAGUAUCGCCAUACGUUUUCUUCAGGUUUUCUUCUAUUGUGUUUUGUCCCGUAUUUGAUUUAAUUUAAAAAUACUUUGACAACUUUGUGAAUUGUAAAGUUUGUCACAAUCAGGUUCAAUAUUUUGCAAAUGUCUAAAUAAUUUAUACAGUGCCUUUAAACUGUAGAGAAACUUGAACUGGACCAUGUGUGUUAUUUAAGAGUUAAAUUAAGUGUUAAGAGUUAAAUUAAAUUAAGUGUGAUUUUAAGUCAGUAUAAUAUAUUGUCGAGGCACGGUUUGAAACUUGCUCUCUCUCUCUGUUUUCUACAUUGUGAAUGUUGCGCCAAGUUUUAAGAUUGUGUUUAAGAUUUUGUUGAACUUUUCUUAUGGUUAUUUUCUGAUGCAAUCAUUUGAAUAAAAAUGUUAAGAGAGAAAGCUGUUUGUGUAUCAGUGGCGGAGGCUGAGGGGAGGACGGCUCAUAAUAAUGGCUGGAACGGCACAAAUGAAUGACAUCAAACACAUGGAAAACAUGCGUUUGAUGUAUUUCAUGCCAUUCCACCUAUUCCACUCCAGCCAUUACCACGAGCCCGUCCUCCCCAAUUAAGGUGCCACCAACCUCCUGUGGUGUGUGUGUUACCAAUUUACCAAUUUUCUCUAUUUUCUCACAUUGAAUAAUGGGAUGCAAUAUAAUAAGUUUAGUUUAUUAGACCAUUUGGAAAGCCAAACACAGUAAAAGACUAUGUGCAUAAAUAAAAUCCUUGAGGAUGAGAAAAACUGGUACUUUCAUGUGCAUGGGGCAUUGUGAAGUUCUACUGUUUGAGGGGAGCGCCCCCAGAUGUUAAGGUAGGAUAUUACACUUGUCAGACAAAACUAAUUGUACAAUGAUUAUUCCUUUUGAUAGUACAGACUUUGUCAAGUCAACUGCAUUCUUGGACUUGAUCAUUG